AUGUCUCAAUUCUCUAACAUCACCGAAGAUCAGCUCCAGCUUCUAACUAAGAAAGGUGUGAUGCCGUAUGACUAUAUCGAUUCGUUUCAACGCUUCAAUGAGACGCAGCUACCACCAAUUGAUGCUUUCUUCAACAAACUGAACGAAAAACCCUGUCCACGCAGACAUUAUCUGAAAGCCAAUGUUGUGUGGAAUGAGUUCAAUUGUCAAGACUUGGGACAAUAUGUAGACAUCUACAUGAAGACUGACAUCAUGUUGUUGACCGAUGUUUUCGAAAAAUUCCGAACCAGCUGCCUCAGAACUUACAAUCUUGACCCUGCACACUAUUACACCCUACCAGGAUUCACUUGGGAUGCUAUGCUGUAUAAAACCGGCCAAGAACUGAAGCUGCUUGCGAAUGUAGAUAUGUUUCUGUUUGUUGAACGAGGAAUUCGUGGAGGUUUCAGCCAAAUUUGUUCGAAAACGAAGAGCUAG